AGGAUAAGUGCGGGUGUAUGAAUAAAGCAGUUAGCUACCUACCGCGGUGUUUGAUUGACGUAUGCAAUAUUGGCGACGAGUCGGGAGUUAAAACGUGUGAAAUAGUAACGUGGUAAAAUGCCGUUCGGUAAAAUUGAACCGUUUGAUCUUUUCGGGGGAAAGUGGUCAUUAUAUGUUCGAAGAGUAGAACAAUUUAUAUUUUUAAAUGAAAUCAAAAGUACGCAUAAAGUGGCCACGUUGGUGACGUUGGUAGGUGAACGCACCUAUAAUUUAAUGUGUGACUUAUGUGCACCAAACAAACCUGAAGAGAAAACAUUUGAAGAAUUAGUAACAAUAGUAAAAAACCAUUUAGAACCUCAACGUUCAAUAUACGUGGAGCGGGAAGUGUUUCGACAGCGAAAACAAAAAGCUGGGGAAUCCAUACUAGAAUUUUUGCAGCAGUUAAAGCAUUUAGCAACGGAAUGUAAGUUUGGGCAAAACCUAGAAGAAAAUCUAUGUGAACAGUUCCUUACUGGAUUACAAAGCACGGAUAUUAAAGCUAGAUUGCUGGUCGAGACUAAUUUAACAUACAAGAAGGCGGUGGAGCUAGCUCUAGGAUUAGAAGCUGCGGAGAAGCAUGUGGACAGAGUGAGCGGCCGCAAUAGUUUGGGCGGUGCAUAUUCUGGGGACUUCGGCAGCAACAUAGGUGCAGGCGCAGGCAGCGCGGCCGGCCCAGGCGGCGCGGCCGGCUCGAGCGCAGCAGGUGGCAGCGGCGAGGCGGGCGGCGAGGCGCUGCACGCGCUGCGUGGCGGACCAGCAGGCCGGGCCAGGCCGGCGGCCUCUUCGGCGCUUUGCUGGCGCUGCGGAAAGCCUCAUCGGGCAGAUAAGUGUCGUUAUAAGCAGUAUAAUUGUGAUUUGUGUUUACGUAGAGGGCAUUUGAAGGUGAUGUGUAAAGCGGCCAACAAAACGGCCGAAAAACGCCAUAAUUUUAUGAGUGAUGACUCGGAAAGUGAAAUGUACAAUAUACGGGCGGUUGCAAGCGGAGACAAGCCGUUUUUUAUUAAUGUUAAAAUAGGGAAUAAAACACUAAAAUGUGAGUUAGAUACCGGUAGCAAAAUCUCGGCUAUUAGUGAAAGAUGUUACAAUAGUAUGUUUUCGAAUUAUACGAUUUUGAAAGAUGAAAUUAAAUUAUGCUCAUACUCGGGCUCGCGAAUUGAACCGAUCGGGUUUAUAUUAGUAGAUGCAUGUAUCGAGGACAAUCAUCAACAAAACUUACAAUUGUACAUAAUAAAAAAAUGGGAGUCGUCCCUUGUUAGGUAGGAGUUGGAUUCAAAAAUUUAAAAUAAAUGAAUUAUACAU